UGUCAUUAGAAUCUGUGGACACCAUAUGGACUGCAAAAAAUAAUGAGGAAUUCUAAGACAUUCUAAGACUUCCUGAGAUGCACAGAUAAAUCUCAGGACAGGUGCUUGCCACUUGUCACAAGUUCUUCAGAGUGCUGCCGCUUAACUCUUCUCCAAUCCUUCUCAAGUGGAAACAUUACAGUAUUGCUGAGAGCAAACAUGGGUGCGGCAGAGUCAUCCUCCAAGCUUGGUGGUUCCGUCCAUGACUUCGUCGUUAAGGAUGUGAGAGGAAAUGAUGUGGAGCUCAGCAGAUACAAGGGGAAAGUCCUGCUUAUUGUGAAUGUCGCAUCUCGGUGUGGUCUGGCAAAUUCCAACUACACGGAGCUGGGCCAACUCUAUGAGAAAUACAGGGAGAAAGGGUUUGAGAUACUGGCAUUCCCCUGCAAUCAAUUUGCCGGACAGGAACCAGAUAGCGAUGAAAAGAUUGUGGAGUUUGCUUGUAACCGCUUCCAAGCAGAGUUUCCUAUUUUUCGCAAGGUUGACGUGAACGGCAACAAUGCUGCCCCACUGUACAAGUUCUUGAAGUCAGAGAGAGGCGGUCUAUUCGGAGAGCGUAUCAAAUGGAAUUUCACCAAGUUCCUAGUUGACAAAGAGGGGCACGUCAUGAACCGAUAUGCACCGACCUGGUCCCCACUCGGCAUUGAGAAUGACAUCAAGAAGCUGUUGGAGGUUUGAGGUAUCUCCAGGGAAGAUCAUGCUGGGCGUGUUCACUCAUGUGUAUGUGUCAUCUGUUCUUUUCGCUACUGUAUGUGUAUGUACACUUGCUCUAUCAAGAGUAACUCCAUCCUGUUGUAUGCUACUCUGUUUUCUACAUGGUGAAAAGAAAAUAACAAUUUCGCCGAAAUACAAACAAAAUUAUAUUUGA